AAGAUAGCAUCCCGGGGAAGCACCGAUGCACUUGAAGCGAGAUGUGACGUUGUUUGAUUCAAUUAAACACACUCCCUCAAUUGGUCGUCAACUAAUAGCAUCGUAAAUACGCCAAUUUAAUUAUAAAUCCAGUGGUUCGAGCGAGGAAAUAGUCGGACAUCGGUGGAGGAGUGGAAACAACGGUGGCGAGGAGUCUGGAGCCCAGCAUCCGAGUUGGGGCGGUGUCAGGUUAGGUUCCUCACAGAAAAAGGUUUGGAGGACUGACAACUGGUGACCAAGUGUCCAAAAGCAAUGAUGGACGAUGACGAUCAGGAAGAGCUGCGCUGUGCCGUCAGUGACGUGGAAAUCGAGGAGUACACGGACACGGAAGAAUCACCAUACGGCGCUUAUCAGCCCAUGGACAAGCUGUUCGACACUGAUCAACCGUGUUGGCAAAAAUUUGGAUUUCUGACAACACUGGUCAUCCUCAUUGCGUCAAUUACAACGUCCAUUAUCACGUUUCCACUGUAUCUGGAGAGUAUCAGUGCAGCUGCAAAUGCAUAUUCUGGUCUCCUGUUCAUCGGAUUCUUCUCGACGUGUAUCCUCAGUGUGAUCUGUUUUAUGGUAGAGAGAAUUUCUCCACCACCUGCCCUCAUUCCUAACAGCAUGAGGAUAAAAAUUCCAAGGUGUAGCAUGUUGAAGAUAAGUGGGAUAUACGCGUUAUCUGGCAUCCUAGCUACUCUCUCCCUAGAUCAAAAUCGAGUGCUCUGCCACCUACAGGAUCCCAUCAAGGGGAUUACCCUCGUUUUCUCCCUGGUUUACUAUUUUUUCUUCUGUCGUAAAGUGAUGAGUCUCCAGCGGAUAUUCUCGAGCACGACAAUCAUCGUGGGACUGUUUAUAAGCGUUGACUAUGGUCUGUGCGACGAGUUUCGGUGCAGGGGCAGGGAGGUCUCUGGACAUACUGUUAAGAUGCGGGGCCCCUGGGGAGCCAGGGCCAUUUGGACGCUUGUCUAUGUCGGGGCACUUGCACUUUUCGCUAUGUUCUUUACGCUACUUGAACUGCAUUUUACAACCGGACAACAAAAUAUCUGCAGACUCUCAACAACUCAGCAGAAUUCCUUCCUCUACACAGUAUCAAGAUUGGUAUCAUCACGCGAUAUCAGACGGCGAGGAUCCGAGGAGGAGGGUGGUCGAUUACUCCACGUAACCGAUCCAGACCCAACGAUAAAGCAAAAACAUUUUCCCAAGCCCCCAGUGCUCAACAGCCUACUCCAGAUACAUGCCAUUGCACUGCUAGUCAUCAUAGCAUUCAGCUGGAUCGAUACACUUCCCGGAAUUGGCAGGGGAUUACCUCCGAAGAAUUUAUUAGAGACGAUCCAGCAUGGGCUCAAGUGUCACUUCUGGGGUGGCUCCACUUGCUCAAAUGUCGCCGGGCACGGAUGGAUUUUUCUCGUUGCUUAUGUUAUUUUUAUUAUAUCCGCUGUCAAUUUUCUGUCCAUGUGCGAGAGUGCUGUCUUCACUGUUGCUGCCACCACUAUUUCAUUACCACUGUCUGGAAUUUGGUGGAGUAUUUAUAGGAUGGAUGUGGGAAUUAACACAGCAUCAAUAUCCUGGUCACCGGGUGUAACCGGCGAGUUGAUCUGCGCCCUCCUGGGCCUCCCAGUGGUCCUCCUGGGGCUGGGUCUCCUCAUCAGGUCCCACUUCAGAGACGCCCAGCCGACUUAUCAAUCAAUUCCACCUCCCGACUUGCAUCGGGACAUAUGCCAGAGAUGAAUCGCCAAUAAAAAUUGCUAAUCCAUCCUAACUAGUCCAGUGCUUGUGCAUCAUCAUAAUUUGCAUAGAAGAGAAUUCGAACCCGUGAUGGUGCACUUAACAAGCGCAUCGCUCCGUUACAGAUGCCGUUCCACGUCGAUAAAUAAAAAAGCCAAGAUGUUUAAUAAUUAUUACGUCAUGCCAAGAGAAAAUUCACCGAGCCAAAUUAUCGUCAAUUCGUAUAUUGGUGCCGUAGCUAAUUAGCCUUUCUACAGAGUAUCCUUUGUACAUUUCUUUUCAAUGUUUUCGCGAGAAUUAGGAGGGAAGGGGUCAAAUGGUCGGCGUGAAAUUACCCCCGGUCUGGUCGUCAUACGCGACCCGGUGACUUUGAUCACGUCAACUCUGCGGGGAUUCACCGCCGUAUUAUUUAGGCGCCAGCGUUGCCGAAUUCACUCUACACUGCCCGGGCGCGUUUAGCGAGUUUUCGGCAACGUUGUGUAACGAGCGAUUUCAGUUUUGUC